AUGAAUCGAAGACUACGAAGGCUACGUCGCGUGCACUUCCGGUCGAGCUGGGAAAAUUCUACAGACGGUUCCGGAUGCGAGGAAGAGGACGAAAAGAACAAAGAAAACACGGGAUGGCCCCCAAUCGUUUUACGCGACGUGACGGUCAAUUUAGGAGUAAAAGUGGAUUACCACGAACAUUUCGAUUUUUGCACGAAGGAUCAAUAUUCCGGUUAUAAACUGACGAAGAUCACGGUCGACUUGGGCGAGAGAGUGGAUAGCAACUGGAAAGGCGGCAUCAAGGCAGCCAAGAUUCAAAAGGUGACGAAAAGACGUUCGGGCAGAAAACAAAGAACUUACCCGUGCAAAAAUUGUUCAAAGUCCUUCUCGUCCAAGAAUCACUUGGAAAUUCAUCUGGCCGAUCACAGAAGCGAACGAUAUAUUUGCGGAGUUUGUGGUUUGAGAUUUCCUCUCAAAAGAAGAGUCGACACUCACAUGGCCGAACACCAACAGACCGUCAAUAAAUAA